GGAACAGAAAAACUAUCCACCUCCUACUGAAGGGAGGAGUGGGGGUUUAUUUCAGCCCCACCCUCAGGAAGAUGAGACUUCCCCCUCCCCUGCUCCGUGGAACUUCCUCUCUGCCCAACAUAGCUGAUAGCAACCAGAUCCAAGGUCAACCCCCUGACACUGAGACAGAUCAAGUGAUCGGCUAUACAACCUAGGCCUCACCCUGGGAUUGGCAUCAGCUUCUAAACGGUGUCGGGCAAAAUUUGUAUGUCCUUGUGAUGGACAGGAACACUACAACUCGUGCAGCCUCCCCCUCUGGAAGUAACACCUUCAUACCUCUGUUGGCUAUGAUCCUACUGUCCGUGUCGAUGGUUGUGGGGCUUCCUGGCAACACCUUUGUGGUGUGGAGCAUCCUGAAAAGGAUGCGGAAGCGGUCAGUAACUGCCUUGAUGGUGCUGAACCUGGCCCUGGCCGACUUGGCCGUGUUGCUCACUGCUCCCUUUUUCCUACACUUCCUGACCUGGCACACCUGGAGUUUUAAGCUGGCUGGCUGCCGACUGUGCCACUAUAUUUGUGGGGUCAGCAUGUAUGCCAGCGUCCUGCUCAUCACAGCCAUGAGCCUGGACCGUUCACUGGCGGUGGCCAGUCCCUUUCUGUCCCAGAAGGUGCGCACCAAAACGGCUGCCCGGUGGCUGCUGGUGGGCAUCUGGGGGGCAUCCUUCCUGCUGGCCACGCCAGUCCUCGCAUUUCGAAAGGUGGUGAAGUUGACCAACGAGACGGACCUGUGCCUCGCAGUGUACCCCAGCGACAGGCACAAGGCCUUUCAUUUGUUGUUUGAGGCCUUUACGGGAUUUGUGGUGCCCUUCCUGAUUGUGGUGGCCAGCUACGCAGACAUCAGCCGGCGGCUGCGGGUGCGGCGUUUCCACCGCAGGCGCCGCACUGGCCGCCUGGUGGUGAUCAUCAUCCUGGCCUUCGCGGCUUUCUGGCUGCCCUACCACGUGGUCGACCUGGUCGAGGGGAGCCGCGUGCUGGCCGGGACGCUAGACCAGUCGAAGCAGCAGCUGCGGAACGCCCGCAAAGUGUGCAUCGCUUUGGCUUUCCUGAGCAGCAGCGUGAACCCGCUGCUGUACGCGUGCGCUGGCGGCGGCCUGCUGCGCUCGGCCGGUGUGGGCUUCGUGGCCAAGCUGCUGGAGGCCACGGGCUCCGAAGCAUUCAGCACUCGCCGCGGGGGCACCCUGGCUCAGACUGUGAAGGGCAUCCCCAUGGCUCCGGAACCUGGCGCCAGUGGAAGCCUCGACGGCCUCAAGCAAAGCGAAUCAGACUAGGCCUGGUGCAAGGUCAAUUUCCUCCUCGCAGAACGCCCAGCGCUUUUUGACCUGACUCAAUUCUGUACCCGAGGGAUGGGCAUGGGGAAGGAAUGGGAUGAAGAAGGAGGAGGAGGAGAAGUGGGGCAAAUUAGAGCAGAGAGGGGAGAGAAGGAGAGGGAGAGAGAGAAACAGAAAAUGAGAGAGGGAAAAUAUGUUUUUUGGCCUGGUUAUUUCAGGCAGCUUUUCAAUUAAAACCAACGCGUAAAAUCA